CUUUGCUGUAACUCCGAACGAUUUCUGGGAAAUGUAGUGCUUGCUUCUGUGACGUCACAAGAAGCCGUCCAGGAAAUCUCAUUCCGUCUUAGGUCUCCACGUGUAUCUCUUCCUGAAAGUUGGAAAAUGCUCUCCUUCUUGGAUGUGGCCAUCGAGUUCUCUCCAGAAGAAAGGGAAUGUCUGGAGCCUGCUCAGUGGAAUCUGUACAGGGAUGUGAUGCUGGAGAAUUACAGCCACCUUGAAUUCCUGGGUCUUGCUGUCCCUAAGCCACACUUGGUGACAUUUCUGGAGCAAAGACCAGAGCCUUCAGAUGGGGAGAGACAUGCAGCAGUCACCGUGCACCCAGGAACAAAACCCAAUGAUCACAGCAGUUACAACAAGGCCAUUGAUUGUAACUCACUACAGAUUCAAUGUCAGAGAAUUCAUACAAAGGAAAAACCCUACAAGUGUGAAAAAUGUGGUAAGGCCCUUAGUUCUUAUAAAGCACUUUCUAUACACCAGAGACUUCACACUGGAGAAAAACCCUACUCGUGUAAAGAAUGUCACAAGUUCUUCAAUACUUGCUCAUCCCUUUUUAUACACCAGAAAAGUCAUACUAAUGAGAAAUCCUACAAGUGUGAAGACUGUGGCAGAUCAUUUUAUUAUUCUUCAAUGCUUAAGCAACAUCAAAGGAUUCAUUUGAGAGAUAGCCAACACAAGUGCAAAGAAUGUGGCGGGUGUUUUUUCUCAUUGUCAUGCCUUAGACAACAUCAAGCAAGAUAUACUAGAAAGAAGUCAUACAAGUGUGAAGAGUGUGGCAAAUGUUUUUACUCCCUUUCAUCCCUUCGGCAACAUCAAGCAAUUCAUUCUGAAGACUAUCCCUACAAGUGUGCAGAGUGUGGCAAAACAGUCUCCAGUUUUACAUACUUUCAAGAUCAUCAGACAAUUCAUACUGGAAAGAAAUCAUACAAGUGUGAAGAGUGUGGCAAAUGUUUUUAUUUAUCCUCAUCCCUUCGGCGACAUAAAGCAAUUCAUUCUGAAGACAGUUCCUAUAAAUGUGCAGAGUGUGGCAAAACGUUCUCCAGUUUUACAUACUUUCAAGAUCAUCAGACAAUUCAUACUGGAAAGAAAUCAUACAAGUGUGAAGAGUGUGGCAGAUGUUUCCACUUAUCUUCAUCCCUUCGGCGACAUCAAACAGUUCACUGUGAAGACAAUCCUUACAAGUGUGAGGACUGUGGAAGAAGGUUUAAGUCUUCUUUAUCCCUUAAACAACAUCAAACCAUCUAUUCAGCAGACAGUCCUUCUGCCCCUGUACAUUGUAGCAAAUGGUUUUCCUAUUCUGGGGAUCUUCAGGAUCACCAAACAGUUCAUACUGGAGAGAAACCCUUCAAGUGUGAAGAAUGUCACAAGGCCUUUCAAUGUCCCUCAUCCCUUAGUAGACACAAGAGAGUUCAUACUGGAGAGAAACCCUACAAGUGUGAAGAAUGUCACAAAGCCUUUCGUUAUCACUCAUCUCUUAAGACACACAGGAGAGUUCACACUGGAGAGAAACCCUUCAAGUGUGAAGAGUGUCAUAAAGCCUUUAAUUGUCCCUCAGCUUUUAGGGCACACAAGAGAGUUCACACUGGAGAGAAACCCUAUAAGUGUGAAGAAUGUGGCAGGUGCUUUUUCUCAUCUUCAAACCUUAGACGACAUAAAAAAAGAAAAAUUCAUUCUGAAGAGACCCCAUAAAAUUGUGGGGAAUGUUGUAAUUCUUAAUAUCCUUAUUCAACAUGAUAUAUUUAACACCAGAGAGAAAUCCAACAAAUGUCUUUAAAAGUUUUCUUCCUCAAACUUUAACACAUCAUAUGAUUCAUUCUGACUGCAAAUGUCAUGUGUGAUGUAGGAUUCCCUUCUGUAAGCUGUGAAUAUGUUUUAUUACCAUUGGUUAAUAAAGAAGCUUCAUCAGCCAAUAGCUUUGCAGAGUAAAGUCAGGCAGGAAAUACAAACAGAGAUAUAGAGAGAGUAGGAAGAGUCAGAGAGAUGUCAUGUAGCUGUCAAAGGAGACAGAUGCCAGAACCUACUGCUAAGCCACAGUCUCAGGGAGAUACUCAGAUUAAUAGAAAUGGGUUAAUUUAAGAUGUAAGAGUUACUUAAUAAGGAUCUUGAGCUAAUUGGUAAUGGAGUGUUUUAAUUAAUAUGGUUUCUGUGUGAUUAUAUGGGUUUGGGUAGCCAGGAAUCAUAAGAACAGUCUCCAGUUACACAUGAGCGUGGGAGUAUUGUAAAAUCGUUCCCAAGAAGUCAGCUAACCCAACCUAGGAACUUCUACUUCUAUCUACCUCACUGUCAUGGGCUUCCGAGCUAGCUUGCAAUAAAACCUUGCUUUUUGCAGUCUGUAUUUCUCUGAUUUCUGGUGGUUUCUCUGGGGGUCCUGAUCUCUGGGGGGCACAACAGUAUGCACACCAUUUGCUGAGGAAAAUGUUUUUCCAGAUGCCUUGGUGAUCCUUCCCCACAUGUGUGGAGACCGGAAG